AUGAAUUUGUCUCAAACAACAACGCCAGCUACUGUAACACUCGGUCAGUCUUGUCCAGCGGCCUCAGCGAUUAUUCAGUGUUGUCCAGCAGUCACGACGAUGGUUCAGUCGGCUUCCGUGGUUAAAACGGUGAUUCAACCAUGCCCAAAGGCCACAACGGUGCUUUCAUCAAUCAAAACAACACUUUUGAAUGGCCCUCAACAAGCAUUGCUGCAAGAGGGAGUAAAUUGCGCCACAGUGCAGUCAUUCCCAGUUGUAACAGCAGCGGCUCCCACAGUACCGCAAGGCUCCACUCACCUUCUGCCGAAUGCCUGGAAUGGUCAGGCGGUUGCUUAUCCACCAGUGACCACGUAUGCUGUGUCUUCCAAUUUUCUUCCAAAUGCUGCUGGUCAGGAAAUAGUGGUGCCUCAAAAUGGACAAGGCAGGAAUGCAGCGGGUGCCUAUGUUGUGCAGCAAGCAGCUCCGUAUAAUAAUACAACCCUCUAUACUCAACAAGCUCCCGCUGUGGCCAAUGAGCAUCAUUUCCAGAAUGUGCUUCCGGCGUACUACGUCGGAAAGCAGCCGCCUGAAGAUCCUUCAGCCGUUCCGCCAGAUGGUUAG